AAAUCUUUGUCCUGUAUGAAGAUCUCUUGUGGUCAUGUCAGGUUGCUGCGAAUUUUUAAUCAUUGCAUAUCUAUCAUCAUGAUUUAUAACUUUUCGUUUUUUAUAAUAAUCGUAAUAAUUGCAUCAAUUCAAGCUUUUCCGUAUCAAGAUGUUGAACAACAGAUAGGGUCUAAAAAUGGAUCACAAAUGACAGAAAUCAUUCUGAAUGACCGCUUUGACCUAAAUUUACCAUUGAUCCGAGGUUACAUUAAAAAAAAUGGAAUGGAACCCUUGCAAAUACCUGAUCAUAUUAUAACAUUUACUGAUUUAGGAGUGGGCAAAGUUCACCUGCAAAGAGGCUUGAUACAAAAUCUUGUUAGAAUCAAACGGACUGGAGACGUCAUUCUGCAUUAUAAUAAUAAAUUUCUUUAUUUUGAUUUUGAUCUUGGUUGGGAUAACCUUUAUAUGACCUGUGACUAUACAAUGAGAUACUUACUCUUAACGCGAAAAGGUUCUUUUACUGGAAGUUUUCGAAAUCUCCGAGUACGAGUUUUGGGAACAUUCAAUUUAAACACUCAUUUUCUUAAGCUUGAAUUCUUCAAAAUUGUUGAUGUUGAUGAUUUUACAAUUAGAUUGGAAGGCCACCUGUCAGAUCACUUGAUUAAUGUUCUUACCAAAGUGCUUACGUUAUUCGCCCGAAAUCAAGUCUUACGCAAAAUUGAAUACCAAUCAACAGUACUAAUCAAGAAUAAAAUAAACGAAAUUAAUGAAUUGAAACCAAAUGUUAUCGAUAACAUCAUGUAUUCCGUAUUUGGGAUUUCUAGCAAUGUAACAAUAAUUUAAAUAGCUGGUAAUUAAUUUUAUGU